AUGUUCAGAAAGGGAAAAGGACAAGUGACGGAGGAAAAAACCUGGAGAAGGACGGAUAUAGCUUCUCCGAAACCCAUUCCAUCUCCAGUAGUUCCUCACUUCACUCCCCUUAUCCAAUCUAUCCGAACUACUUCCAGUUUCUAUCCUAGACCGGAUACUUCCAGUUCCUUUCCCAGACCUGAGAUUGGUCUAGAACUGGGAGCAAGAGGAAAGCAAAGUUCUCCAAAGUCAGGUUCUCCGUACAAGAGGAAGGAGAGAACCAGUCAUAAUUCUAGUGGUGAGGAGAGACAUGUAAAGAAUAGGAGAACAUCAAAACCUAGUUCAAACUCACAAAAUUCAUCCUUAGACAGAAGUCAAGGGGCCAGCUGUUCAAGCAGGUCAUCUCAUUCAUCUACCAGUAGGAAAAAAGUGGAGCAGGUUCAGAAUCAGAACAGUAGUUUGGUUGGAUUAGGCCAAUGUUCAAUAAGUACAGAUGAUGAGCAAGAUAUAGGUGUGCAUCUGUCUCCCCUGGGUUCAACUAGUUCUAUUCAAGACUUGAUAAACCCUACCCUGCCAGGUUCCAAUACUACUAGCUUAUCUAGUACAUGGAGUCAUCAACCCCUCAAUUCAGACCCUGCGGUCAGAUUAAAGCAUCGCUCUGCCUCAGGGUCCGUAAGCUCUAGCAGCUCCUUGAGCAGGUCUGGCAGCGCAUCUGGAAAAUCCAAAAGAACAGAUCAAUCCAAGAAUGCAAUAGAUCAAUCAAACAAUACAAUGGAAAACAUUAAAGAUAGUCCGUCCAAACUCCUUCCCUCCAGUACAGCAGUUGAACCCAUCCCAGUCUUGAAAUAUAUACAACCAGUAAAUUCUGAUUAUCAUGAACAAGAUUUAGAAGCAGGUUCAUCUCGGCCCAGCUCACUUCGCUUAUCACCAGAGGGAUCAGCAGAUAGAAUUCUUCUAAAAGCAGAAUCUGUCUCGAAUGAACAACUCACUCAAAUAGAAAUAAUUAAGAAUGAUAAUCUUCUGACUCUUGAUGGAGGUUCUUACUCACAAGAUAAUACUGAGGAGACACUUUUAAAGAAAACCCCCCAAAAGACAAUAAUGGAAAACCAGUCGCUUCCAAAAGAAGCCCCAGAAUUGAGAGAACCAAGACCCCGAAGUUUGUCUGAGAAGUCCAACGAAAGUAGUUCAUGUAUUCCUGCAACAUCAUCUGAUGGUAGUUUUGCCAAUACUACUUCAGAGAAAUCUAUAGAGGUUCCUGCUACACUAGUCCUAGCUGAAGAAUCUGACAGAUCUAUUGAGGUUCCUGCUACAAUAGUCCAAGCUGAAGAAUCAGAGAGAUCUGUUGAGGUUCCUGGAACACUAGUCCUAGCUGAAGAAUCUGAGAGUUCUGUAGAGGUUCCUGGAACACUUGUCCUAGCUGAAGAAUCUAAGAGAUCUGUUAAGGUUCCUGGAACACUAGUCCUAGCUGAAGAAUCUGAGAGAUCUAUUGAGGUUCCUGGAACACUAGUCCUAGCUAAAGAAUCUGACAGAUCUAUUGACGUUCCUGCUACAAUAGUCCAAGCUGAAGAAUCAGAGAGAUCUGUUGAGGUUCCUGGAACACUAGUCCUAGCUGAAGAAUCUGAGAGAUCUAUAGAGGUUCCUGGAACACUAGUCCUAGCUGAAGAAUCUGAUAGAUCUGUUGAGGUUCCUGGAACACUAGUCCUAGCUGAAGAAUCUGAGAGUUCUGUAGAGGUUCCCGGAACACUUGUCCUAGCUGAAGAAUCUGACAGAUCGGUUGAUUUUCCUGGAACACUAGUCCUAGCUGAAGAAUCAGAGAGUUCUAUGUUUAUUACAGAAUUGGUGAAAUCUCCAGACUCAGAAGUUAGCAGUAGCUCAGGUUCAUACAGUGUAACAACGGACAGUGCGCCUGCAAAAGAAAUGUCGUCUUCAUUAUCAUAUCAUCUUUCUAAGACUACUAAGAUGUCAGCUGACGUACUGUUUAUGAAUCAGACUCAAAGAAUUAGAAGUUUUGAUUUCGAGAAAGUGUCAAAAGAAGACGACAACGUAAUAAACAAACCUGCUGAACCCGAGCAAUUUUCAACUCAAUAUAACGUGAUAAACGACUUUGAUCUCAAUGACGCCCCUGAACAUGUAUCUGAGAUUAAAGACUGCUCUGAAGCUGUGGAAACUCCUGGAAAUGAUCUUGAUCUGGAAUCCAGGAUAAAGGAAGGAGAUUUGACAAGGAGAAGGGAGGAGAUGAAACUAAAUCUAUCUCAGAUUGAUGAUUCUGGGGAAAAUGAGAUAUUGUGGAAGAAAAACUGUUUUAAAACUGGAGAUGUUGAAAGAAAAAAAACCUGUUUUGAGGACAACAAACUUCAACGCAAAUCCUCCAUUGGCGGGAAAACUCCCCUUGGUCUUGGCCGAGGACUAGAAGAUAUCGUUGCUAGUCCCUCUUCUCUUGCUAGAAGUCCAGCUAUGCACGAGGGGUUCAGAUUAAGAGACUGGAAAGUUGAAAGAACUCCAAUAAAUACUCCAGACACUGAUAAGAUUCUUCCAGGUUUAAAGGAUGGAAUGUAUGAUGAAUAUGAGGAUGAAGAGGAUGAGGAUGAGAAACCAUGUCUCCAAGAUUACCGAGUAGAGGACAAAUUUGAGGACACUGCGUCCUAUAAUUCAGACACAGAGCUUCCCUCUUCGUUGUCUGAAUAUGUGACAAGUGAAACGGAUAACAAACCCGCGAAGAGAAGAGAAGAGCUAAUUUUAAAGCAAACUGCAGAAACCAAAUUAAACUCCGGGAACGGAUUUGAAAGUUCUGAUGGAAAACCACAAGACUCUCAAACCAAUCUAGAAUCAGAAAUAGGAGAAGAUUUGAUGAAUAAUAAAACCCAGAUAGAGAAUCUAAUGUCUCCUAGUGAAUUAAUACCACAAAUGAUUCUAGAAUCCCCAUCUAAAAGUCAUCAAUAUGAAGAUGUAUUAUCACCAACCAAAUCUGAACAAGAUUCUCUCACUGAAUCUUUUUCAGGAUCCAACCUUGAUUCUCCAAUUCAAUCUGUACCUGGAUUCGACAUUGAUAAUAAACCCCCACCUGGAUCAGGAUCCUUACCCAGGAAAUCCACUGCUCCGAUUUUCAGCAAUUCUAGAUUCUUAAUAAAUGACUCUUUUACAAGUGCAUCCAAAGAGAACGCUGUGGAGUUUCCGGAUGAACUAAACUCUGAACCCAAAGAGUCAGUAUUGGAUGAAAUCAUGUCCGUAAAUGAGGAUGUUUGUAAAAGCAGUUGUAUUGAGAGUAUAAAGAAUAUUGCCUCCUCAGGAACCAGCAAUUCUGUGGAAGAAGUAGGGAAGGAUGAGUUAACAUGUAACGACUCAACUAAUGCACAAACUGUUAUUUACUCUGAAAUCAGCGAGUGUACUGAAAAUCAAGCUCAAGAUGAUCCCAGUUUUUACAACCAAGAAUAUUCAAGUCUUUUGGAAUCUGUUCAUAAACCGUUUAAAGGCACUUUAGAUGGAAUUGUUCAGCCUUUAGAUGAAAAAAUGGUUGCCCUUGAUGCGGAGAAUUGUUCAGAAAGAAAAGAAAUUGAAAUUAUGUCUGAAGAGAAUCUGAAAACUGAUAAAUACAAAAGAAGUAGGAUAGAGCUUAAUGCUCCUGCUGAGGAACCAUUUAAACCUGCGAGCACAGAAAAAGGACCACCUCAACAACCAGAAAGCUUUCAUACUGAGGAGAUAGAAACAAUGCAAUCAGAAGACAAAGAUUCGCCAGAUUUGCUAAAAAAUGUUUCAGUAGAACUGGACAAGGGCGAAGUUAACCUGGAGCCAGGAGCUUCUCUUGUAAAACCGCCUGCAGGGUUCGGAGACAGCCCGGAGAAGUCCCGAACUACUGUUAAGCAGUCAAAACUAGAAAAGGAGCCUGAACAUGUUUUAACUCUGAGUCAGUCUGCUGAUGACAAUUUACAAAAGGUAGAAAUGACAAUGGACACACCUGAAAAUGUUGUGGCCAGCCUAACGGCAAAAGCUGACAUUGAAUACUUUAUUACUGAAUCUUCAAUAUCAACUUGCACUGCAGUUGCAGAGAGCAAAGAAAAGAUUAAGUAUGAGGCCACUUACUAUACUAAGGAAAAAUCAGUGAAGCAAUUUGAGCACCCAGAACUAUUAAAAUGUCAUACAUCCCUUCUCCCUGAUAUUCAGCUGCCAGAACUUACGGAUAACGCGGCAGAUGCGCUUUCUGAGCAUGUUUCCAGCAGAUCGUCUUCAUUCAGAAGAAAAUCCGCAAUUGGAAUCAUAGAGCCAGGAAUGCGAUCUUUUGACCCACGAGAACCAGAUAUAGUACACAAAAUAAACUCCAGAUCAAGUCAUGAUAAGAAUUCUUCAGCCCACAGUUUAUCAGGACUACCCGAGGAGAAAACAAAAAGAUAUUUAUCAAAUAGAUUUGCCAAGGGGGCUCUUAGACCUAGAAACAGGUCCAAGUCCUCUGAUAGAAUUCUUCAGGCUGUUCGUGAUAAAGAAGAUGAACCUCAAGGUCUAUAUCUGGGUGAGUAUGAGAACGAGGCAUGGGUUUAUGUUGGAGAAAUAUUUCCAGUUCACAAUUCAUCAUCUACAGGAACCGCCCUGCAGAGAAGUGAAUCUAUUGAGUCGACAAUGAGUGAGAAAGAGUUUUCUAAAAAAUAUCAGCAAAUUACUCACAGGAUGGUUCACAGAAAAUCUUCAGCUGUGAUGUUUACACGAAUACUUGAACGAACUUUUGAUUGCAAUAAGACGGUUGUUGUGCAAAAGCAGGGAGGAGAAUUUGGAUUUAGAAUUCAUGGAUCAAAACCUGUUGUUGUAUCAGCUAUAGAACCUGACACUCCUGCUGCCUUGUCUGGGUUGUGUGUAGGAGAUAUACUUCUAACAGUUAAUGGGCUUAAUGUACUUGAUCUACCACAUACAGAUGUGGUCAAUGUUGCUCAACAAUGUAAAGGAGCUCUUGAGCUUGGACUAGCCAGCACUGAGACUGAAGAUGAAGAGAUUGAAGGAUCAAAUAUCUGGACUGAACUGAAGAUCAACCAACAGGUGAUUCAUGCAGGAUACUUGUUUAAAAAGAAGAGAUCUUUAGUUCCUGGCCAACAAUGGACGAAAAGGUGGUUUGUUCUCCGAGCAGAUAACUGUCUAUAUUCAUUUAAAUCCGAACAGGUGAUGCCAACCAAAUAAAAGGGUAAAGGGACUUUAAGC